GGCGGAGGAACCCCGCCAUACUCGUAAAUCAGUCGCAUCCCCAGAGUGAUCGCCACGAUUAACCCUACCUCUACUAUACGAGGCUUUUGCCAAUGUACCACCUGCUGGUAUUCCGGUCAAGAACACUUUCCCUUUAUGGUGUAGUCUAACGGCGAUUUGUCCUGCGGAAAAAAAGUAUGUGUUGUCGUCGUCUCCGCCUUUGCUGGUAUUUAUCGCAUUUCAUUACCCAUCUUACUAGGGCUCGAACUAACGCCGAUUUGAGGAUACUCUGUUUCACUUCUUUUUAAUAUCACCUUCAUGAAUUUCAAUGUUUCUUGGCGAAGAAGCUCGGAAACUCAGACAACCGGCCUUGGAAGCUUUCGGUUCUAGAAAUACGUCUUGUAUACGUGAGGUUAUAGGCUCUGAUUCGUUAUCUCUGUAAAUCACUUGCGAGGUCAACCUUCAGUCCAGCGAGUGAGAAGUAGAAUCCAGUAGAUAAGUUCUGCUUGCUAGGUCAGCAUUCCCACCCAUAAUAACAAUCACCGUCUGUCCAACAGUCUCAGGCUUGAGUCUUACGUCACUCACAUCACCUACGGCAUCGCUGUCGAUGACUCUUGGAAGACCACCCAUCUAGCAUGAUGGGUCUCUGAUGGACCCCAGACGCUCUAUUCCAGGGAAUAGUGAAACUACUGCCCGCAGCUCUCAUCCGGGCCGUACCUGUAUGAUGCACAGCACGGCCACUGAUCUCCGCACCCUGCAGGUUAUCAAGUUCGAUCCACGCGAGAACGGUUCUAAGGCUGAACUAGACUUCCGAUCCCAUACUGAAACCUCUCGGCUAUUCCUCCUUAUGCUGUCUGUAGCAUGCUUGAUGUAUAUCAACGGUCACUGACGGGAAUCUGGAUAUGACCUCAUAACUAUUGGUCUUUUGCUCCUGUACCGGAAUUCGGUUUGGGUGGGUUAUGCAUCCCUCACACUCAGCAGCGCCAGUACUUCUAUGGCAUUGUAGCCUAAUUGAGUCUAAUCAAACAUCGGCGGACCAUAUAAAGGCUUAGCCCACUGACAUGGCCCGAGACAGCACCCGCAAGAGUACUAGCAUCCAUCCACUUAGAUACACCUAGCCCGAGAAACCCUAUAAUAUUC